AUGGCCACAAAGGACGCCCUCAUAGCCGAAGAAGGCAACAAUUUCGGGGGAUCCGGUAGCGGGGAUAUCGCUACUUUUGAUAAGAACGCCGAAGUCGUCAAUUUCGAGCUCGAGCCAAAACCAAUCGGUUUGACAAAAGAACAACUCGAAAAGUAUCGAAAUGAUCCGUUCUGGAAGCCAGUCAGAACAGUUCUCUUCGCUUUGUUCUGGCUCGCAUGGGUUUUGAUGUUCGCCGGUGCCAUCGCUAUCGUCGUUUUGUCACCAAAGUGUGCCGAGAAGCAGAAGCCUGAUUGGUGGCAAACUAAAGUUUCGUAUCAGCUCCUCACCGCUACAUUCUUCGAUUCGGACGGCGAUGGCGUCGGUGAUUUCGCUGGAAUCUCUCAAAAGAUCGAUUUCCUUCGAAAGAUCGGAGUAACGACUGUCUACCCAACACCAGUUAUAAAAAUCCAAAAAGAUGAGUACUUCAACUCGUACGACGUCGUCGAUCACUUGUCAGUUGAUGAUCGUUUCGGAACUGAAGAGCAAUUCAAGGAGCUCAUUGACACAAUUCACAACAGAGCAAUGUAUCUUGUCAUGGAUCUACCUGUGUCUACAGUGGAUCUCUCUCAUCCGUGGUUCGAGAAACGUGACGAGUCGAAGUUUGUCAUUGCAAAACCAACGGAUCCUGGAUUCAAUGAGACCAAUUUCUAUCCAUUCCACGGUGCCAACAAUCUCAAAUAUCUCGGAUAUCCAUCAAGUCAGAAUCCAGUUUUGAAUUGGAAGGAUUCCGAAGUCAAAGCUACUAUCAACUCGGCGAUUCAAAAGUUUUUGGAUUUAGGAGUCGAUGGAUUCCAUAUCGAUCAUAUCAGUCAGUUGGCUGUUGAUGCCAAGGGAAAACCAAAUCAUGAUGGAGCCGUUAAAGUCCUCGAAGAGCUUACUAAAUCCGUUCAACUUUAUGUGGAAUCUAAGGAAGAAUUGAAGGAGAAAAAGAUUGUCCUCUUCUCCUCACUGAAAGAUAUCGAAGAGCUCCACGCGAAGGCUGUCGAGACCGGAAUUCUGCACUAUGUCAUCGACAACUCGUUCGCCAAUUUGGAUGAGAAGAAGUGUGAGCCAUCAGUUGCGAAGUGUGUUCAUGACGCAUUGAAUGCCGCCUAUCAGAGACAUGAGGUCGACAAAUACAGUCCGCACUGGCAAUUCUCCAACUCUGAAUCCUCCCGGCUUGCAUCUCGCUUCGAAACUCCAACCGCCCAUCUUCUCUCCUUCCUCCAACUUACUCUUCCUGGCGCAGUUUCAGUCUACUACGGACAAGAAUACGGUCUGAAGAAUGCGAUGAGUAAAGACGGAGAAUUGAAACAAAUGGGAGUGAUGCAGUGGUAUCCAACAGGAAAAGAUCAUCAUGGAUUCAGUAAAGAAAGCGAUGCGCCAAUCUUCUUCCCAGAAACUGAUGAUAAACUCGAAAUGGAUAACUAUAACUCUCAAUUCGAUAUCUCGGACUCUCCACUUAAAAUCUACCGGAAACUCGCGAAACUCCGUCAACGUGAUGAGGCUCUCAUCGUUGGAGAGACUGUCAGAGACGAAUUGAUUAAUGACGAUGUGAUUCUGUUCUCUCGUUAUAUCAAAGCUGAAAAUAACACAGCCACUGGAUCCGCCUUCAUCGUUGCUCUCAAUUUCGGAGAGAAGGAGCAAAAGAUCGAUUUCAACGUGGCACCGGCUUCCAAGUUGAUCCCAACUAAUAAGGAUUUGGCGAAGACUGAAAUCUCUGUUGUCACUGCUAACGUCACCGAUUACAAAGUUCGCGAGCAGCAUAACUUUGUCGAAUCGCAAUUGGUGCUUCCACCAAAGCAGGCCGUUCUCCUCAAGCUGUAA